ACCACGUAUUCUCCCCUUGAGCUUGUCAUUUUCUCCCAAAGUUCAGAAACUCAGGCUUGUGUGGACCCAUUUGUCUGUUUCAGGAGUCAAACUGUGUAGGUUUUGUAACCUGUGGCUUGAAAUGGGUAGAAACAUUAAGACCCAUUUCUAGGACGUUAACACCCAUACCCUCACCCUUGGAAUUGUUUGUAAAGACAUUAGCACACAUCUUUCCUAUCAUGGCUAAUCCCUCCCUUUGCGAUUUCUGCUCCCGUCAGGGGAGCCUUAAAGGGCCCGAGCCCCUGCCUGGCGCCUGCCUCUGACCCGAGGGACCCGGUGGGAGCUGCCGGGUGUUGGGGGGACCCGGGCACCUGCUGAGCUGCGGCUCUUUGAACAGGGCGGGCGCCGCGUGGGGGGCUGCGUGCAGGCCACAGGCCUUUUUAAAUUAUAUUAUUGGAGAAUAAACACCACCCGAGCUGCGUGGGGCCCGAGUAAAAAUGCCUCUUAACACCAGCUGGCUGCCUGUUCCUACGCGGCCGAGCUAGGGGAAGGACAGUGGCGGGGUGGGCCUACAGCUCCCGGCACGCCGCGGGGCCGGAACUGCCGGUGCUGGCGUGCCCUGACUAGCGGCGUUGCGGGUGCUGGUCCCGGCUGCGCCAGCUCCGAUGGCGGCGGUGCCGCCGCCGGUCUACGUAUACAGCCCGGAGUACGUGACCCUCUGCGACUCCCUCUGCAAAGUGCCCAAGCGGGCCAGCAUGGUGCAUUCACUGAUUGAAGCGUAUUGCUUGCUUGACCAGAUGAAGAUAGUCAAGCCUAAAGUGGCCUCCAUGGAGGAAAUGGCGAGUUUCCACACAGAUGCUUACCUGCAGCACCUGCAGAAGGUCAGUGAGGAGGGGGAUGAUGACCACCCGGAGUCUGUGGAGUAUGGACUGGGUUACGACUGUCCAGCCACUGAAGGGAUCUUUGAGUAUGCAGCAGCUGUGGGAGGAGCCACCAUCACUGCAGCUCAGUGCCUGCUGGAUGGCAAGUGCAAAGUAGCAAUUAACUGGCCUGGAGGGUGGCAUCAUGCAAAGAAACAUUGUUUUCACAGGGAUGAAGCUUCUGGUUUCUGUUACGUGAAUGACGCUGUCUUGGGGAUCCUGCGACUGCGCCAGAAAUUUGACCGUGUCCUUUAUAUCGAUUUGGAUUUACAUCAUGGGGAUGGAGUUGAGGAUGCCUUUAGUUUCACCUCAAAAGUCUUGACUGUUUCUCUGCACAAAUUUUCACCAGGAUUUUUCCCAGGCACUGGUGAUGUGACAGAUGUUGGCCUGGGAAAAGGUCGCUAUUACAGCGUGAAUGUGCCCAUUCAAGAUGGCAUUCAGGAUGAAAAAUAUUACCAGAUCUGUGAAUCAGUGCUGAAGGAGGUGUAUGCUGCCUUCAACCCUGAUGCAGUUGUGCUGCAGCUGGGGGCGGACACCAUUGCUGGAGACCCCAUGUGCUCUUUCAACAUGACACCUGAGGGAGUGGGGAAGUGCCUCAAGUAUGUCCUGCAGUGGCAGCUAGCAACUCUUGUCCUGGGAGGAGGAUUGCUUUCAGCUAAGAUUUCUCCUUGUGGGCUUAUGUUCCUUUACCAUGUAGGAGGUUACAACCUUGCCAACACUGCUCGCUGCUGGACGUACUUGACUGGGGUCAUCCUUGGGAGAACACUGAACUCAGAGAUCCCUGAUCAUGAGUUCUUCACAGAGUAUGGUCCUGAUUACGUGCUGGAGAUCACACCAAGCUGCAGACCAGACCGCAAUGAGCCACAGAGAAUUCAAGAAAUUCUGAACUCUAUCAAAGGAAAUCUGAAGCACGUUGUGUAGCAGAAAAGGAAGGCUUAGGCAAGAGCAUUUCCUGUGGGGAAGACAGCAUAUUUAUGUGAACAACUGGUGAAAUUUGUGGCUGCAGGGAAACUUUCGAAGAAAGUACUGUUGGUUGGUUUUUUUUUUCUCUUUAAAGAAGGAAAGCUACCGCAUGCCACAAGCACUGUGGCUCCCCCAGGCAGGAGUGUGGGCCCUCCAGCCACAGCCUUCCAGUGCUGGCAGAGCCUCCCUUGCUCCUUUCCCCUUCCUAUUUUAACACCACAGUUUGUUCUCACAACUGCUUUUAAAUGUAUUUUAAGAGAGGAGCAGCUCAGAGCUGUGAGCCUUCUCCAGCUGGAGCCCCGUGCUGUGUUAGCUACCCAGCAGGGCCACAGCCUCAGAGCUGCCCACUCAGGAAGUAGAGCCUGUGGGCUACCCUGGUUGUGUCCCUUGCCCACAGAAAGGCACAGCCAUUGUGUUUUUAACGGGGAAUUUUUAAAAAAUAAAAUACUUGAAGUACUC